AUGGCUGUUGGCGCUGACCCUUCUUCUCCCUGCACCGUGUUUUUCCGCUUGGACGAGCAGGACGCCCAGCUUCCAGAAACGCGGCCAGACGGACCCAUCAUCGCUUGUGACAGUGAGCCGCAUGAGGACGAGCUGGAGGUCCACAGGGCGAAGCUCGAGGAAGCUCGGGAUCGCCAGCAAGUGACGGACCAUUCCGUCACGGAGCUGCUGCAGAAGCUGAACCAGCUUCCGGGAGUGUCGAGUCGCAAGCUCUCCGCUUCGACGCCUCGGUCGGGCCGGGUAGAGGAACGGCAUCCUGACGUAGCCGCUGGACCCACCAACGCACUCCAGGAAGUAGGACUGCAGGAUGCCGAGGCUGAGGUGCCAAAGAGAAAGAGGUGUGAAUGGCAGCUGCAGUCGGGCCUGUCGGGCCUCGCGAGCUUGCCGGGUUCAGUGCAAGAAGAAAGAAGCAUCGAAAGCCCCUCUCGCCGAUUUCAGCGAGCAGUUCGCCAAGUGGUGCAAGGAAAUAGACAAGGCACCAGCUCUGGGAAGGCAGAGGAUAGAAAGGGCCAAGCUCCCUGCUUCGCGGCCGUCGUGGCCGCGGCUGUGGCAGCCAGGAACGCCCAACAAGCGGGUGCUCAAGUGUUCCACACCCCGAGAGAAAAGAUGCCAGAAGCGGAGACAUUGAAGAGCAGAGAAGAUUCCGGCCCUCAGGGCCCGCCGCCGGGCCAAGUGGGCGGGAACGUCGGCAGUUCCAGCUUGGAAUUCCACACUCCGAGAGGUGGCCUGACGCCCGGAAACACCACUCCAAGAGGCUUUCGCCCUGCAGAACCGGCGGCGAAGGCUUCUCUUGGAGCUGGAGGUGUUUCAAGCCCCAUCGCCACCCUUAGUGCACCCCGCAGCGCCUCGCCCUCUGUGAGCAGAGCGGCUUCUCCGGAGUGGACGCAGAGAGGUUUAGCAGACCGGAGCUUGUCUCCAAGGACGCACCGGGCUUCGUCAUUGAGUAGCAGUCCAGCAAAUGGAUCGCUACUGGCACGAGCCUCCGUGUGUUCCAUGUCUAUGGAUUUAUGA